UCCAUUUAGCUCCAGCUGUCCAACUUGUCCAGUCGCAUCAGGUCCAGCAAUACACGCAAAUUCGCAAAUGGCUUCGAGCGUCGCCUCUCGCAUCAUAUUUGUAACCGGCAACAAAGACAAGCUGCGAGAAGUAGUCGCUAUAUUGGGCAAGAUACCUGGUUUCGAAUUGGAUAACCGUGCAGUGGAGCUGGUGGAGCCCCAGGGUGAAAGCGACGCCGUCUGUCGGACCAAAUGUGAGGCUGCUGCACGCCUAGUGGGUGGCCCGGUGCUGGUAGAGGAUACAUCACUGUGCUUCAAUGCCCUGGGCGGCCUACCAGGACCCUACGUCAAGUGGUUCCUCGACAAGAUCGGCUCCGAGGGACUCCAUCGCAUGCUGGCGGGCUUUGAGGACAAACAUGCAGAGGCGGUGUGCACGCUGGGCUUCAGCCCGGGUCCCGAGAAGCCGGUGCACUUGUUCCACGGCCGCACGCAGGGCACCAUAGUGGCACCCCGGGGCAGCAACAACUUUGGCUGGGACACGUGCUUCCAGCCCGAGGGGCACAGCCGCACCUACGCCGAGAUGAGCACGGCUGAGAAGAACGCCAUCUCGCACCGGCACAGGGCGGUGGAGGCGCUGCGCCAGUUCCUGCUCUCGCCGGACGCCGCCCACGAGUGCGGCGGCAGCUUUUGACAUUUUCUAAUUCCUUGUGAAAAGAGCGACCAAACCUGCCUUUUUUUGCGUUCACAAAUCCAACGCACACACGGGACGAUAUCUUCACUUUAAUUCGAAUCAUCCUACCUGCCACAAGGUUUCUUUGUUCUGAAGCCUUCUCUAGAGAGCUGAAAGAAUUUGCUUCUCUCCGCACUUCCAGGAGGAAGAAAAGAACACAGUAAUCAAUCUGUGACCUUGGGAUGAACGGUUAUACAGUGUGAUUUAUUCAACCCACCCUCUGCUGACGGAAUGAGAAUGAAAGAUGGCGGCUGCUGCACCACCCAGGCAAUGGCAUCGUGUCUCGAUGCCAUACAUUCGAGGCGUCACUGAGACAUCAGCACAUGUGCCACGAGGGGCAGGGGUUGACAUGGCUCACAAGCAACUCUCUACAGUCGGUAGCCUCGUCUAAAAGACCACGUUCCUUUUGAAAAUGCACAGGGCAUUGUGUACAAGAUUACCUGCACUAAAUGCCCCGCAUCAUAUAUUGGUGAGCCCAAAAGCUUCCCAAGAAGAAUUCAACACAAGAAUGACCUUCACCACCUAAACAGAGAACGAAGCUCUGUGGCAGAACACUGCGAGCCUUUUGAUCACCAGAUUAGCCCUAAUGGCACUGUCAUCUUAGAGAGAGAAAACAACCACUGGCGGCGGCUUCUUGUGGAAACCUGGCACAUCCAGAAGACGCCAGGUAACAUCAAUCAUUUGUCAAGAGCACUUCCCACCGUUUACUCUCAAGGUCUACCGAAAGCGUCUGCACUCCUGCUAAAGCGCCAAAAAUUUAUCUAAGCACUACUACACUUUACACCAUCCCACCCCUGAAGGAGCCAGUCGGGCUUCGAAACUUCUGGUUUUUAAAAUAAAUAUUGGUUGGAGUUUU